AUGAAUCAAACACUAGACAAUAACCAGGAUCGUGACAGUGACACUUUAAGAGGUUUACUGAUACAAAUUCAUUAUUCUCUUCUAGUGCCAAACUCAAGGAAGAUCAUCAUUCUGGGAAAAACUGGAGCUGGAAAGAGCAGCCUGGCUAACACCAUAUUUGGAGAAACCAAAUUCCAAAUAAACAAUUUCACUGAUUGCAAAAUGCAUUGUUCUCAAGCAGAAACCAAAUCUGUCAACGGAAGAAGCAUCACUUUGAUCGACACUCCCGGUUUGUUUGACACAGGCGGGUUUCAGGACGACAUGAAGCCUGAGAUAGUGAGGUGUUUCACAGAGUGCGCUCCUGGGCCUCAUGCUUUUCUCAUUGUGCUUAAAGUGGGGAAAUUCACAGAGCUUGAGGAGGCUGUCAUCACUAAAAUAUGUAAAUGUUUCUCUGAAGAAGCUCUAAAAUAUUCUGUAAUUGUCUUCACUCAUGGUGACCAGCUCCCGGAAGGAAUGAAAAUUGAGGAAUACGUCGAUCAAAGUGAUGGUCUGAGUGAUCUGGUGAAGAAGUGCGGGGGUCGGUGCCACGUGGUCGAUAAUAAAUACUGGAAGAAACAGCAACAGGAUGAGUACAGGAGCAACCGGUUCCAGGUGGAAGAGCUGCUCAACAGCAUAGACAAGAUAAUGAUGGGACACAACGGAGGCUACUACACAAAUAAAAAGCUACGAGAAGUUGAAAGAGACAUACAGAAAGAGGAAGAGCGCAUUAGACAGUCAUCAGGAAACAUGUCACAGGAAGAGAUCAGACAGCAGGCUAAGAGCAACGUCUUUAAGAAGAAGGUGGACAAGUCGUCUCGAACAUGGAAUAAAUGUUUAGUGUGUUUCACAGUCAUGGCGGGAUUAGUGGUUGUCUCAGCUGUGUUGAUCAAUUCCAAAUCUGUGAAAGCAGUAAAGGAAGCGCUAUUUAAGGAAUCAGCACCAGCACUGGCCACAGUGCUAAAAGAACAAAUAACUGAGACCGCUGUAAACCUGUCUCCACCACCCUGUGAAAUAGCAGAGGUAGUUGAGGAAGCUAUCGCACCAGUGAAGACAAUACAGAAGACAUUUGAAGUUGUCUGGAACAAACUUCAUGCUUUAUAUGAAAGUUUAUACAAUCCUUGA